AUGCGAGCUGUUAUACUUCUUACCACCCUCAACCAGGCCGUUGUAAAUGCUAUGGUAAUUGGCCACAUUCUAUCCGAUGCUCAAGAAUACACAACCACCGAGCCUUCUAUAGAAGCCCACUUCGAGUUUCGCGACUCCAUAGCCCCUCCAUCCAAUGAGACCUUGACUGGGAAACGCGCAACAAUUAAAAGAAAUUGUGACAAUCGUCCAGGAGCCGUUGAGGAAGCCCUUCGUGGUUGCGCCACUUCAGCCAAAGCAGGCCAAGCAGCCGCCCUAGACACAUCGUCGGGACUCUUGCAAACGUUCUUUAAAUCGUCGGAUGCAGGAACCCGCAAACGAGUGGCCGAUAUCUUUGGCAGAAUUGCCCAGGAGUGCGGAGCGACUGGUGCUGGCACCGUCUCCGUGACUUGUCAGCAAGAGAUCAACGCCUGCACCGGCAGCGUUGCUGCGUGGGCAUUGGCACCAGGAAACAAAGUUCAGCUAUGUGACCUAGCCUUUACGUCUGGUAGAGGAAGUCAGUGUGGUUCCCUGUCCACUUCGGAUAUAGUUGUGCAUGAAAUGGCUCAUGCUCUAGCUGGUGUUCGCGAUCUAGGAUACGGCAUGGGCAACGUACUUCGGCUUGAUGCCUCUCAGAGUUUGAACAAUGCUGACAACUUUGCACAUUUUGCUCAGGCCGCAGUUUUGGGUUGUAAAUAUGAAGGAGGUGGUGGACGCGGCAGCGGAAAUCAACCAACUAACAACGGAGGACAAGGUGUUGGCAAAACUCAACCACCUGGAACCAGUAAAGGGCGUGUUAAUGGUAACCAGCCGACUUGGGGAGGCACCGGGAACCAACAAACCAACAAUCAAGGAGGAGGUAACGGAAAUUGGCCACCUGGAAACAACCAGGGCAUUGGCAAUGACAAUCAGCCAACUGGAAAUGGGGGAGGCGGCAGAAAUCAGCCACCUGGGAAUAUUCAAGGAGCUGGCGAUGUCAACCAAGAAACUGGAGGCAACAGUGGGAAUCGUCUGGGCACAAACAAGCAAGAGGGUGUUAAGAACGGUAAAUGUGCUGAUGGUAGGGGGAAAGUCGACAACAACAAUGAACCUACAGGAAACAAAGGAGGAAUACCUGCUGAUGGCGACAACACACCAGCGCCGGACGGUCAAGGAGGAGCUGAUCAACCUGCUGGAAACGGAGGAGCAGGGGAAACAAAUCCGCCGCCUCCAAAUAACGGCGGAAGUACUGGCGACCAGCAGUCAAGCGACGAAGGAGUUGGCGGCGGCGGUUUUCAACCCCCAGGAACCGAGACGGAGCUGGUAAAAGUCGACCGCCGACAAAUGGACCAGGGGUGA